AGCCACACGUGUCGGAUCGUCAGAUCGGAGCCCACUCCAAGAUCCAUUCACUCCCAUUUUGCGCCAAACCCUAACCACCUUUGUCUUCUAACUUCUCUUCAUCUACGACCUCUCGUCUAGCCUCACUUUUUCCGCACUUUUCACAGCCCAUAUUUUGGAGCAGUCACGAGCCUGACGUCAUCUUCUUUUCGCCCAUGUCAAUUUGAUACCCCCAAUCUUGUGCUUCUUAGACCUCCGUAAACACCGAACAUGGCUGAACCAGCACCGCCCCCUGAGGCAAGCUCUCACCACCGGCCGCGUUACUUCCGUAAUGAUGCGGAGCUAUCGCGAAGAGACCCUUACAAGCAACUCAAAGCUUCGCUCAAUCGCCUGAUCACGGACUACCCGCCCCAUCACAUCCCGCCUGGAGGCGGUCUUUACGGUGGACCAAUAUCCAUCGCGUACCUCUUCUAUGCCUUACACAAACUCUAUCCUGAGCUGGAACUUGACGACUACCCCUUGAACACGUGGUCAGCCGCGUAUAUCGAACAAGCGCAGGCCAACAUGAAAGAGUAUCCGGGCCCGACCGUCGAUAAGUGCGGAGCCAGCGACGAUGUUAUGGCGCUUCUCGCCCUCUACGCCGUCUCUGCCAAGGACUCUGAUACCGUGAAAGAACUCUGUGAUUUCGCUGCUGUCACCACCGACGAAGACGCCUCCAAUGAAUGGCUCUAUGGCCGCGCCGGUUACCUGUACCUCCUACGUCUAGCACGGGGCGCCUUCAAGGAGGACAAAGCUACCCUAGAAUUGAUCGAUGACACGUCCGACGAAGUCAUUUACGCCAUUAUGGAGAGCCCCAGACCCUGGAAGUGGGACGGAAAGGCGUACUUCGGCGCCAGUCAUGGAUCUAUCGGAAUCAUCACUCAAAUCGUCCUCACCGACCCUGGAAUGGCCCCGAAGUUAGAGGCAGACCUUGGUGCCCUCAUCAGCUACCAAUACGAAAGCGGAAACUUCCCAUCAUCAAUCCCGCCAGGACGCGAUCGUCGAGUGCAGUUCUGUCACGGAGCGCCAGGUGUCAUUGCAUCGUUAGAGUCAAUCAAGAAAUACUUCCCUGCCCUGAAAGAUCGUAUCGAGAAAGUCGUAAAGAAAGGUCGCGCAUGUAUUCUUGAGAGGGGCCUUCUGACCAAAGAACCUUGUCUUUGCCAUGGAAUCUCUGGGAACGCUCUUGCUCUUGAGGAUAAAGAGUUCGAGCAUUUCCUGACUUACACAACAGGAGGGGAGAUGAGGUCGAUGGAAAGAGAUGGCAUGAUGGAGAAGUCAGAGGACCCCUCUUCACUGUACUGUGGUGAAGCAGGAAGGGCGUGGGCUUGGGCGGUGGCGGACAAGGGUCUGGAGAAGCGUUUCCUUGGUUAUAACGACAUUUGAAGCCGCCAUGCUAGAGUGCUCGGGAUCCUGACCACGAAUUUGAUGAUACACGAGCGAACGAAUCAUGGGAGAGGUCAUACACCUUGCGAGAACAUUACACAGUUUGUCCGAUAUCCAUCGAAACACCAUUCACUUCGUACUAUUUCUCAACACUUUCAUAUGCAUCCUUACUGAUCGUGAGUAGUCCUUUAAUAGUGUGAUGCGGUGCUCAAUUGACUUCAGCUGUUCCAGUCUGUAAUAUGGUCACAGCGCCGGGCUUUCAAUAAAUCUGAUCUCAACGUCGUUCAAACCCCUGACCACAGCCUCGGGUUGCAUCUGAG